CCAUCUCCCUUCCCGUGACAAACGACAUGAAUAAAGGGGACACUAAGGUGAUGAAGUGCAUUGUAGAGGUCAUCUCUGAUACUUUAUCGAAGCCAAACCCCCUGCCGAUCAGUGAGGAAUGCCUAGAAACACUCAGAGGAGAUGAACGAAUCAUUUCUAUCCUUCGCCACCAAAAUUUAUUGAAGGAACUUCAGGAAAUUGCAGCUCAAGGUGCCAGUGAAAGAACUCAGCAGAAGAAGAAAAACAGUGGUUUUGAAGAUGAACUUUCCGAAGUCCUUGAAAGUCAGAACAACAACAUCAAGCAGAGAGAUGCGGCAGGGGAGCGCCCUGAAGAGGAGCAGCCCACAGGGUCCCUGGCUGAGCUGGCAGUACAGAAAACUCAGCAAAAUGAAGAUUCAAGAGAGAAGGGAAAGAACAGCCUAGAGGAGAGGAAGCCCAGGCCACGGGAUGCUGACCCCAGUAAGAAGGAAGAUCAGGAGGAAGCAGAGAGCAACGAGAUUGGGGACAUAGAGGAUGCCCAGCGAGAUGAAGCUUUGGACAACCACAUCAGCAAAGACUUCAGCGAGGAUGAGCAGCAGCAGCGAGGGGAUGAAGAGGAGCAGCCCAGAGGCCCCAAGGACAGCCUGGAGCUCGAGGACGAGGGAGAGCAGCCAUCCAGGCAGGGUCAGGAGCAGAGCAAGGAGACGGCAGGGGAACGUGUGGAGCGGGAGGAUGACGGAGGAGACGAUGCUGCAGAAGAGGACCCUACUGAAACAGAGAGGUCACUUGAUUUGGCUGAGGAGGACGAGGAGGCUGAGGAGAUGCAGGGAGACGACAAUAACAAUGAUGCUCUGGGAUUUGGCAAAGAUGGGCGUAGCUCUGAGGAAGAGGAGGAGGAGGAGGAGGAGGAGGAAGAGCAGCCCCGAUCACUAAGAGGAGGAAGGCAUCGCCUGGAGGAUGAGGAGACGCAGGGGGAGGAGGACAUCUUCCAGCCCAGGGAUGCCAAAAGCGAGGAAACUGAGGAGGAGUCCUCCAGGGAGUGGGAAGACUCCAAGAGGUGGAACAAAAUGGAUGAGCUGGCCAAGCAGCUGACAUCAAAGAAGCGCACGGAGGAAAAUGAUAGUGGGGAAGACCCAGACAGGUCCAUGAAAAUGGCAUUUGGGUCCCACAAGUAUGACUUCAGUAGUCCAGAGGAAGAUGUGAGAAGGUCAUGGAAGCAUCACUCGAAGAAGGACAGCAGUGAAGGAGGCUUCCCACUUGCUCCCAUGCCUGAAGAAAAGAAGGAUGAGGAAGGCAGUGCUAACAGGAGGAUGGAGGACCAGGAGCUGGAGAGCCUGGCCGCCAUUGAGGCCGAGCUGGAGCGUGUCGCCCACAAGCUGCACGAGCUGAGGCGAGGCUGA